UCUGGAAGCCACAUGUCAGCAGCAGCUGUAUAAAACCAGCAGCCCAGCAGACAUAGGGUGACAGUUUUUGCCAGAAGCCCAGACGGCAUGGACCUCACUCUUCUGUGGGUGCUUCUGCCACUGGCCACCGUGGCUUGGGGACAGUAUGGUGACUAUGGGUACUCCUAUCAUCAGUACCAUGACUACAGUGACGAUGGGUGGGUGAAUCUGAACCGGCAGGGCUUCAGCUACCAGUGUCCCCAUGGGCAGGUGGUGGUGGCCGUGAGAAGCAUCUUCAACAAGAAGGAAGGUUCCGACAGACAGUGGAACUACGCCUGCAUGCCCACACCCCAGAGCCUGGGGGAGCCUACGGAGUGCUGGUGGGAGGAGAUCAACAGGGCUGGAAUGGAAUGGUACCAGACAUGCUCCAACAAUGGACUGGUGGCGGGGUUCCAGAGCCGCUACUUCGAGUCAGUGCUGGAUCGCGAGUGGCAAUUUUACUGCUGUCGCUACAGCAAGAGAUGCCCAUAUUCCUGCUGGCUGACAACAGAAUAUCCAGGCCACUAUGGUGAGGAGAUGGACAUGAUUUCCUACAAUUAUGAUUAUUAUAUGCGAGGGGCAACAACCACUUUCUCUGCAGUGGAAAGGGAUCGCCAGUGGAAAUUCAUAAUGUGCCGGAUGACUGACUAUGACUGUGAAUUUGCAAAUGUUUAGAUCUGCAACCUACCAAUCUGAGUGAAGGGAAGAGGUCCAGGAGGCCUGAGGACUCCACAGAUGUUAACAUCAGCAGGGAGUCCUAAGUGGUUUCUGUUGCUCUCUUUUCUUCUGCUCAAGCUGGUUGGUAGCUGGAAUGCCAGUUUUCUGGGCUUUCUGACUAGUAUCACGCUUAUAGUAAAAUCCCUAAUUUCUCACUUUCAACAUGUUCCGUAGAAACCCUUUUGUAUGAGUGACAAUGGCUCUGUUGCACACCAUAUAUUCUGUGUGCACAUGCACAGCCUGAAAACAAGCCUAGUUGCUUGAGCACCUGUCUCAGCUUUGCUGUUGCUUUUACUACCCAGUGAGCUGCCUGGUGCUGAGCAGUACCUGUGAGGAGGUUCAGUAGUAGAAUGAAGGGGCAGAAAUUGAAGAAGGGGACCAGGAAUGCUCUCUGGAGCUCUGUCUGUUUGAAGGAAACCUAGGAUCUUCACAGAGAACAGACCUUCUGCCUUAGGGCGACCUGCUUCCACUCUCCCACUCCACAUAAGCCAUACUUGCCUAGAAGUUCAAGUGCAGAGCUCUGUGCUCCAGGAGGGAGGAGACUAGGAGGUGAAAUGGGGAGGUGAAAUUGUUUGGGCCUGAAAGACUGAGGAUUGGAAGAAUUUCCCAAACUGGAAAAAGAUUGUUAGCAUGCCCAGUAAUGAAAAUGAGCACAGGAACCAGAGAAACCUGUGAGAAUCAGUCUCAAGUAAGACAAAAACAAGGAGGAUGAGAGAGGUCAGAGAAUGGGACUCAAGUUAGGAAUCUGGAGGAAAACUGAAAAAGGAGUUUGACUCUCCAGCACCUGGAAAAACUGGCAAAGGCCCUGUAGUUGUGCGAGCUACUGGCAAACUCAUUGAUUGGUUUCCGUUUUCUGGAUGGGAAAGGCUGCCCUGGGGGAUCUACUUCUUUUCAAUGUGUAGUUUAGGGGUGUCUUUUGCAGAGAUGGCACUAUUUUUCCUCCUCCUGUGAUGUCCCCAUCCCCAGCCCUUUGUACUCUCUUCAUCAUAAAAAGAAUAAAAAUAUUAACAUUCA